GGAGCGGGGCCGACACAACGCAGCUUGUACACUACACCCACCAUGUCAUCUUUCCCUGAUUACUAUGCUCUCUUGGGGGUAACGCAGAGUGCUACCACGGAGGAGAUCAGGCAGGCUUACAAGAAGGAGUCGUUGAGGACUCAUCCAGAUAGACUGACAAAGGCAAGCUCCGCCGAGAAGAAACGGGCGACAGAGAAAUUCCAGGCCGUCGCCGACGCGUACUACGUUCUGUCUGAUCCUACAAGGCGCAGUGAAUACGACGUUCUAUAUGCCUCACAACCAAGAAGAAGUCAAGAUCCCAAUGCAUCCUCCAACUUCUUCUCUCAGUUUGCGAACAUGUUUGCCGGUGCUGCGGGUGGCAGCGGGGCAGGUGCUGGACAGCCGGGCACGCCGCCAGCGGGUCAGAGGCCAGAUGCGGAGGGCGUGUUCAGCGACGUGUUCGAGGAGCUUUUGCGUCCGGAGGUAGAGCGGCGGGUAUCGUGGUGGGCAUACUUGGGUGCAGUGUGUGGUGCCGGGGUUGGGUUCAUUAUCGCAAAUAUUCCGGGACUCAUGCUGGGAGCUGUUGCGGGGAACCGGUUGGGAGCAAUUCGGGAUGCGAAGGGGAAGAGCGUUGCUGCCGUGUUUAACCAAUUGGGUGGAAAUCAGAAGGCGGAGAUUCUGCGUGCGCUCGCCAUGAAGGUGUUGGGCUCCGCGUUUUGAUCCUGGUCUGUGCUGAAUAUACCCUAUGACCGACGAUGAGUUGCCGAGUAUAACUAUGUUGGGCGCAUUGUAAUUCACGAUCUUGUUCUUGUAUUGGUGCAAUGCUAGGAUACACGACGUGGGACGGAUUUUGUAAAACAUAUAAUGACCAUUUGUGGACUUGACCCG